AUGUUGAAGCAACACCUGGACCAAUUUGUUGUCGGGCAAGAUAGAUCCAAGAAAGUCUUAAGCGUAGCCGUUUAUAAUCACUACCAGAGAGUCCAGGAGUUGCAGAGAAGAGCUGAAGAAGAGGAAGCAUAUCUAGCACGGCAAGCACGGAGGGAAGCUGUUGAAGGACAUCCUCUGGAAGCGGAAUUCCCAGGUCAGCAACGGACUGUAUCUUCUCGAUCACAUGAAGAAUUCAAUGAUGACUUUACGCGAUCAGGGCCUGAUCAUCUCGUUGAUAUGUCACCUCUGACGCUAGAAAAGUCCAAUGUUCUAUUGUUAGGACCGUCAGGGGUUGGCAAAACGCUUAUGGCGAAGACUCUUGCGCGCGUACUUUCCGUACCGUUUAGCAUGUCCGACUGCACGCCGUUUACACAGGCUGGCUAUAUUGGAGAAGAUGCCGACGUUUGCGUACAACGAUUAUUAGCAGCUGCAAACUACGAUGUUGCGCAAGCAGAACGAGGCAUUAUCUGUCUAGAUGAAGUAGACAAGAUCGCUACCGCAAAAGUAAGUCAUGGGAAAGAUGUCAGUGGAGAGGGUGUACAACAAGCUCUUUUGAAGAUAAUCGAGGGAACUACGGUUCAGAUUCAAGCAAAACCCGAGCGGAAUGCACCUCGUCAAGGAGGGUCAUCGAACAAUUUUCCCGGCAGUGGUCUAGGAGGUUCAUCGUUCUCCUCAUCAAGCCCAGGGUCACCCGGCAAAUCUGAGGUUUACAACGUUCGGACUGAUAAUAUCCUCUUUAUUUUCUCAGGAGCGUUUGUUGGGCUCCAAAAAGUCAUCAUGGACCGUAUAUCACGCGGGUCAAUUGGUUUUGGCCAACCUGUUCGUGCUUCUGCGAAUCCAUUUAGUUCUCAUGAUUCCUCACAUGCAUCACAAAAUGCACCCAUUCCUAUCCGCCCCGGCUCUGAAGAAGAAGCUUUAUACAAAAAGCACCUACCUUUCUUCACACCGUCACCAACCCCCAAUGUUUCUAGCCCUGAUGAAGGACCACAAUAUUUCAACCCUCUCGACCUCUUAACCCCUCCUGAUUUACAAUCGUACGGUUUUAUUCCCGAACUAGUUGGCCGUAUUCCAAUAACUACUGCUUUGUCUCCUCUUUCCAAGUCGCUUCUUCUGCGUAUUCUCACUGAGCCACGAAACUCGUUGGUAAACCAGUAUACUGCAUUAUUUGCCCUGUCUGGAAUUGAACUAUGUUUCACUACCUCCGCACUGCACAAAAUAGCAGCUAACGCAUUUGCGGUGUCCACUGGAGCCCGCGCCUUGCGAACUGAAAUGGAGACAAUUCUUGGUGAUGCAAUGUUUGAGGCACCAGGAUCCAGUGUGAAGUUUGUCCUUGUCACAGAGGCUGUGGCAGACAGGAAGGAAAAGGCUGUGUACCUUGCUCGUGGUCAGGGCGGAAAGUUCCACGCAAUGAUUGCGGCAGAGGAAAGUGAAUGGGAGGAGAAGAUGAAGAAACAGAAAACAGAGAAUGAAAAGAAAGAUCAGGCAAACAGUUUUGAAGAAUGGAGGAGAAACUCUGCUGUCGGAGGGUUCUCAUGA